AUGGAAGAAAGCCAUUUAGAAGUAAGCAGAAAAAAUGCUUUAGAGAACACAUCCAUAGAGAUGUUUGAAAAAAUUGAGUUUGAAACAGAUGAACUUCUUAAGGCAGGAAAUUCUCAAGAAGUUUCAAGAUAUUUAAGAAAUAUUUUAAUCCCUAGGAGCAAAAUUUUUAAAUCACUGAAAAGAAGGGUUAUUUUAAAAUUUCGCAUAAAGAAAGAUUUUAAAAAUUUUAUAAAAUUUAUGUUUUAAAUGAAAAUUUAAUAGGAUGAGUUGAGAUCUCAUUAUUAUAAUUAUUUAAUUAUAUAUCAAAUAUUUUAUAAUAAAUUAUACGAAAAAGUAUUUUAUUAUUAAAUAAUGGGCUAAUUUCACUAUAUAGGAUUUCCAAUUAUUUUACGUCCUAUCAAAGAGGUAGUUAGCAUUAAAAGAAAAUUCAUCCCAUACCCCAGAAGCACUCCUAUCAGCAUCCAGAUUAGUUGACAAAAUCUCCAAGAAAGCUCUUUCAUACAUAAACGAUCCCCACACAUCUCUCCUAAUCUUACGUAGUGCCAAGAUAAUCCUAAGUCAAUAUCCCAACAUUUUAAUUUCAGAGCGCUGCAAUUUAUUAAACAACUUGGCAUGCACAUAUCGACGAUUAGGAAAGCUUCAUUCAGCAAAGAAAUAUUUAGAUCAAGCAUUAGAAAUCUUAAAAUAUAACAGGCAAGCAGAAAUUGAUAAAGCAUCCACACAUCUUAACUGCUGUGCAGUUUUUUCUAAUCUUAAUCGGCACAGAGAAGCUUUAGAUCAUGCUAUGGUAGCAGUCCAAUAUGCACAGGAUGAUAUGAUUAAUAUAAUUAGUGAUGCGCCUGGCCCUGAUAUCAUCCACAAAAUUUCUGUAUUGUCGAUUUCCUAUUAUAAUAUUGCUGUUGAAAAUGAAUAUUUGAAAAGAUUUGAUGAGGCUUGUGAAUGAUAUACAAAGGCGAUUAAAUUUUUGCAAAAACAUCAGGAAAAUAAAAACUUGAAGGAAAUCUUGGAUACGUGUAUGGAGAAUUAUAAUGAAAUAAAAGAUUCAUCGACGUCUAGAGUCUUGCAGAGACCCUUUAGUACAAAUGAAAAUUCAAGGCUGAGGCCAGUUUCUGCUAAGUCUGCUACAUCUUCUGCGUCUAGAAAAAUCGUUGCAAGAGAGCAAGCAUAUAAGCCACCCUUAAAGCAUCCUAAGCCUAUUCCAAUAAAAACGACUCUGCAAGCUGCUCCUUUUGAUGCAAGAUUCCCUUUAGAAGGCAAACAAAUUACAUUUGACCAGCUUAAAGCUAAAAUAGAAUACGAAAAAAAAUUCAAAAUUCCUAAUAUAAAUGAUAAAAACCCAAAAAAUUUGUUUGAUAGCAAAACUGAGAAAAAAAUAAAAGCAAUUUUUACCACGGACGAAAGCAGAAAAGCAUUUAAAGAAAGGCCCAAAAGUUCAAAGCCAAAUGAUAGAAUUAUAAACAGUCCAUACAGACCCUCUAUGAUUAAAACAAAUAUGAGCUUUGAAAAUAAUCCUGUAAAGUCACGAAUAUCAUCUAUGAUAAAUUCCAGCCCUGCAAGAACUAAAUCAAGCCCUUUAAAAGAAAAUGAAUCAAGGCACAGAAUUGUAAUUGAGGAACAAAAAAAUGUUAGAGAGAAAAUAUCUAACUCCCCCCCCCCUCCGUGAGUGAACAAAAAAAUUUUGUUCACUCACGGAGGGGGGGUUAAUUUUUUUUUUUUAAAAAAAAAAUUUUUAUAUAUAAUUUUAUAAAAAAUUUUUUUUUUUCGAAAUUUAAAAAAAUCCUAAUUCACAAAAAUUUGAAAGCAAAAAUAUUAAUUUAAUUUAUAAAAUUUAUGUUUUAAAAAGCAGUUCGUUCAAAAUUAAACAGAAUUAGCUCUAGAUUUCAUUAUACUAAUUAUCAUUUAUAUAUCAAAAUUUUUUUUCCAUAAAAAAUUUUUCUAAAAAAAACAUUUUUGUUCGGUUUUUGGGCAAAAAAUAGGGAUUUUUCUAAUGGUUUUGUUCACUCACGGAGGGGGGGGGGGAGUAAGCCAAUUAGGCAUGAUAUUACGCUUGGCUUGGAAUUUGAAUCUUUUUCAAAUAUUACUUUGAAUGAUUCCCAUAAUACUGAAAUUUCCUUACCAAAAUCUUACUCGCGAAAUGAAAUAAAUAAAGAUGAGCUCUUAAAACAAUCUGUAGUAAAAAUUCAAGCAUUAUUUAGGGGGAAAAGAGAUCGGCUUCUUGCGAAAUUAUAUAAAAAAAGCGCUGAAAAAUCAAAGUAUAUAUAUAAAACUGGCAGGAGAAUUGGAGGAGAAUAUUAUAUGAUUUUGAUAAUGAAAGCAGAAUAUGAUUAUAAAUUGUCAGUUACUAAAAUAGGGGAAAUUGAUAAAGUAUCUGAAUUUUCAAUUAGCAGCUCUCAGGCAGAAAACCCUGAUGAGCUUAUAAGCCAUUUACAAGUAGAUGAGUGUGGAAAGUUGUAUAUUGGCCUAAACACCAAUAAUUAUUUUGAACAUAUACACAGAGCCGCAAAAAAUGUUUCUGGAAAGGAUCUUGUUAUUGACUGCUAUUCCAGCCGCUCUGGAGAUUCAAUGCUUUUAAAAGCCAAGGAUAUGAGAACUUCUAAGAAUUUUUCCUUAAAAGUCGCAAAACAAACCCCAAGAUCUCCAUCAAAAAUUACAAGGCAGCUGAAAGAAUCAAUUAUCCCAAAUCUGAUUAUUCAUAAAGAUUAGAUUAAAUAGAGUUAUAGCGGGUCUUAGGGGAUUAUUUCAGCCCCUCUCCGUCCAACGGAUAGCUUCGCAGUGACGCUAAGCGCUAUCCUCACACCACCUUUUUCCCUUGUGACGUCACCAAAAAAUGGUGACGUCAAAGGUCUUCGGGGAAGCCGCCCCACCAGGUCAGGGUCUCCGAAUCUCAGUAGAAAACUCCUUCAACCUCUGAAAGGGCUCAGAGUAUAGGGGAAACGCCUUCUGCCUUCUCCAUGGCCUGUCAGAACCGUAUCACAGGUUCAAUAAUGCUCCCAUGGAGUGGUAUCGGGAUUUUGCGCCAGUAGGGUCAUCUUGCAGGUAAGGAAAAAAGACAAGGGUCAGCCCCAAGUCAAAAAUCCACCCGGAGAACUAUCGCCAUGUGGCUCGCCUUCCUGGGCCUGGAUCAACUCACAGGUCACCAGGAGUCCACUUCAGAUCACGCCAUUUUAAUAAUUCUUAUUCAUAAAGAUUAGAUUAGAUUAGAUUAAAAUUAUAGCGGGUCGUCGGGGUUUAUUUCAGCCCCUCUCCGUCCAACGGAUAGCUUCGCAUUGUCGCUAAGCGCUAUCCUCACACCACCCUUUUUUCCAGUGACGUCCCCCAAAAAAUGGUGACGUCAGCGGUCUGUCGGGGAGAAAACCCUACCGAAUCGGCCGAACCUUUUCUUGGUCCCAAAGUUCAGCCAAAGACUCCCUUAACCUCUGACAGGGCUCAGAGUACGGGUGAAUCGCCUUUGCUUCCUCCAUGGCCUGUCUGAACCUUAUUGCAGGUUCGAUAAUGCUCCCAUGGAGUAGUAUCGGGACUUUGCGCCGGUAGGGGCUUCUGCAGGUAAGGAAAAAAGGUCUAAGGUUAUCCUUAGGCCAAAAAACCCACCCGGAGAACUAUCGCCAUGUGGCUCACUUUCCCCUGCCCGGAUCAACUCACGGGUUGUCAGGAGUCCACGUCAGAUCACGCCAUUUUAAUAAUUCUUAUUCAUAAAGAAGAUUUGGAGUUUUAUGAUGCAGCUUCACUUCCUAAGCAAAAUCAUUUUAAUCUGCUUUUAGCGAGACCAGUUCUGCUAAACUCUGAAAAACGCCAAAUGACAAUAUUUACCUCACCAAAUCAUUUGAAAAUUAUAUGUGAAAAUAAUGAUAAGCAAGAAGAAAUAAUUAUAGAAAAAGAUGAAAUUGCAAAAAUUUUGAAUAUUGAGAAAAAAGAUAUAGAGGCAAAUGCAGAAAAAUUGUUAGAAAUGAUAGAAAAGAACAAUGAUUUAACUUUUUUAACAGCAAACACUGCACUAGAAACAAAAGCAUCAGAAGAAAAGAUUCCACACCAAUUUGAAGGAUUUGUUUUAGAAGAUAAACCAAUGGGCUUAUCUGCUGUCCCAGAAAAUGCACCUACAAAAUUCAUAAAAUCAUUAUGAAGAAAUUUAGAUGGAAUUAAUUAUUUGUUAGAAGCAAUACAAGAGGAUGAAUUUAUUUUACUGAAGGCUACAUAUGUAAAUGAUAAAUCAAAAUUAAUUUCAAAGCAAUACUCAAAAGCUGAAAUACAUGAAAAUUAUGGGACUUCAGUUAUGCUAGAAGAGCUGUUAAACACUCUCCAAGUAAAAAAUGGAGAAAUUUAUCUUAAGUUUGAAAAUAAUAGUGUACAGGAGACCACUGAUGUUCUAUUAUACCUUACAACUCGAUAUAUAGAUGAUAAAGAUUUUCUAAUAAAAAUAAUAUUAGAAAGAAAUUUAGAAAAUCCUUCAGAUUCUGAUACAAUAAGGAUUGAAUUAUUUCAAAAAAAAUCGUUUUUCAAUAAAUGCUAUGUUGGACUUAAAGAAGUAUCUGAUAUAUUAUGCUUAUCAUACGAGAAUUUAAAAGAUAUCGCUAUAUAUAUCGCCCUAGCCUCCUUUUGGCUAGAGCUGACUGGAAUCUCCCUAGAUGGCAAAUCUCCAAUAUGCAGCUUAUUUGUAAUCUGGGAAUUGGUUUUACCAACAAAUGUCGGUAAAACCAACUCCCUUUCCGAUAUCAGGAGACGUCAUUAAGGCUCGAGCCAAAAUGAGACUCAGGCUAUAUAGCGUGAUCAAUGUUAAAACUAGAUGGCCAAAAUAUUCAAAUAAAUAAAGAUGCACCUCAUUAUGACCUUGAGCGUUGUGCUACAAUGAUUCAAUCUUUAUUCAAAGGAUAUUUAAUAAGAAGUAUUUUUAGUCCAUUGCUAAAAAAAGCUGGCAGCCCAGCUACAGUUAAAAAGAAUAUGGUCAUAACAGGCGAUAAUUUAACUUAUAGCGUAGAAAUCAUUCAGUAUCCCAAAUUCAUAUUUAUUCAGGCAACAAAUAAGCAGCUAAGUUUGAAAUUAUUUUUGAAAAUCGAAAUUCUUAAUGGCUAUCCAGAUGAUUUUGGGCCUAAAGAUAUAAUUGAGCAACACAUAAUUCCAAGGCUUCAUAUUAGUUUGAAAAAUGGUCAAAAAGAGCUGCAUGGUAUCAAAGAUUUUGAGAUGAUAAUGUCUAAAUAG